AACAAAAGGGCUUGGCCUUCGCUGGUCUUCCUGUGCGCUCAGAGUUGCACAUUUUCGCUGCCAUGCCUGUGCCACUAUCCUUCCUCUUUGACCCUGCACCUGAAGAACCUUGCUUUGACGGCAGUGACGCGGAGGAGAAGGCUGGUGAAAGCAGAGAGUUGUUGGAGGAUGGGGACACAAGUCGGGUUGCAUCGCGGUCAGUGGGCACCCGCGUAUGGCUUGUAUCGCUGCUGGGAUGCCUUCUCGCAGGAGUGCUGCUGUUUUAUCACUAUGACUUCCAAGUGCCAGGCACAGCUCCAAGUGCUGAUGACUCUGAUGUGACGAGGAUGAACGGGCUGGACCAAACAUCGACACCCAACAAGUUCUGGCUGAUGUGUCCCCGAGAUGGGGCUCCAAUUUGGUUUCGAAAGGAAGGCACGGACUUUAUCUACAAGUACUACGCACGGAAUGCCUGGGAUGUCUCCAAUCAAAUUGAUAACCAGAUUUGGCACCUCCCUGCAGUGCCGCAGGAUCUUUGGAACUCGAUUCGGAAUGCUUGGACUCAGAAUCCGCCACUCUUCAAGGGACAGCCAGUGACCUUGCAGGACUUGGCCAAUUUCAUGCGAGACACCUUGCGGAGGGAUCCCUUCUGGACGGGCGGUCAAAAGGUGCCAUGGGUGGAUCUUCGAGGAGGUGGCGCUGGUGCUAGCAGCCCACGACAGGCUGUCAUUAUCAAUCAAAGACAGAUGGCUUGGAUCGUCAUCAAUGCUUUGAUGGGCAAUAAGCUGAAUGGCGUGGAAACAGGGUUGGAUGCUGCCAUCAAGCGCUGCAACAAGGAAUCGGAUGUGAAGAAAGGCCUGUCACCCGACAUGCUGCACUCACUCCUUGCAUUCUUGGCAGUUCUCUCGAAAGAGAUUGGAAACACAGAUGGAAGCUACUUGGUUGCUUCUACUCCAGGGCCCGUGAAUGAAGCCUGGCUUGAGAAGAUCCAAAAUCAAAACCAGGGUGGAAAGACCAUGGUGAAGCCCACACUUUGCAACACGGCCAAUUUGCAGGCGGGCAACUGCGGCAUGCAUGACUUCAUGGCUGGCGGCACGCCAGCGCAGGCCCUGACGGACAUUGCUGGCAUGGACGUGGGUGGUGGCGCGCAAUUGUGCCGUGUUGCCAACAGUCAGGAUGAAUCCUUGGUGAUUUUCUACCCCGAGGUCUUGGCCGCCUCAUUCUUCGUUGGGGAUGGCCAGAUGCUCCCCGUGCCAUUCACGAUGUUGGGUGCCAGGAGGUAUUUGAGCAGUAUUCGUGGUGAAACUGGAGUUGGCGCGCCCUAUGACAAUCAGUGUGGGAAAGUCCAAGUGCCACAGUUCUUGAACUCCAAAAUUAUGGAGAACACAGUGGAUACACAUGUUUCCAUCACUCCGGUGAAGAUCUCAAAAAGCGCCUUUGUCGCGGUGGCCUCCUAUUGCAGCGAUUGCCACAGGGGCGAAUGCUCCGAGCCCGAGAUGUUCAACAACCAGUGCGACAAUCAACGAAAGCACCUGGACGAGGACGUGUCUGCCUGGCUGCAGGCCUAUGACCACACCAACUACCACGAUGCCAUCUCGACGGCCUUUGCGGCGGUGGUGUCCCGUGUGGGAACAGGCCCUUGGGGCGCUGGAUUGUGGCAAGGGGAUGCCCAGCAGUACUUCCUGACUGUCUGGCUUGCUACAAGCUUGCUUGAGAAUGUGCAGUUGGACUACUACGUGUAUGACCACUUCUGCGAGAAUGCAGGCCAUCAAUGCUUCGUGCUGAGCGGCGACCUUUGCCGUACGUGUAUCUCAGACAGCGGCAUGCAAAAUGUGAUCAACAGCCAGUAUUGUGGCAAUAUGGGCGCGCAAGAAAUGGUUGACCGUCUCUCCCACCAACCGGUGGCCAAUGUUUAUUGGUUGGUGAAGAACGUGGGUCCUCCUCCUCAUCAGGUGUUUGACCUCAUCGGAAACAGCGUCCAAAAAAAGUAGGUGUGUGUUUGGAUCCUGCCACCAAUAGGCGAAUGAGAGGAGGAGUUUCACCGUUUAGUGGCCUGUGACGUCCUGAACUCGCUACCGUUCUCGACACGAAGUCCACCGACUCUUUGACUUGAGAGAUUCUCCAUAUCUGGUGACCAAUUCACGGCAUUUGAGAAUUUGAGGUGUCGUGGAUUUAGAUUUCUGAGGCGAUUGUUCAAAGGGCAUUGGAUCGUGAUCUUGGCAGAAGAUGUGGC